UAUAUUGGUCUUUCAUAGGAAAGGCAAUCGUCACCAGCUGAGAGGCGAAAAGAGUGUACAAUGUGCACGCAUUCUUGAAGUUUUUGUGUCAGUUCUUUUCAACUCUAAGAAACAAAUUAUUGUCCGCAAAAGUUUUCUCAGAGUCAGUUUAACUCACUCCUUACCUAACUUGUGGUCAACCGCGGCAAGAUGAAAAAAGUAUCCGUGGCUAGUGUACCGCCGAUUUUCGAGCCUUUAGCGAGGGAGGAUAUAAACCAAGAAGGAACUGUGUACUGUCAAGGACUCACGGCAAAACUUCACUCACGGUUUGGAAGCUCAGAGAGUGAUAAACAGGUACUAAGAAGUUCUACAACCAUCUUAUAGAAUUCAUCAACCCCUGAUCAAGUAAAAUAUCAAGUUUGAUACGCAUGAAUUCGGAGCAAACUAGUGUUUUAGUGUAAAGAAAUCAUGACCAAACUGUCUAGUAGGAUUUCCGAUCAUCUACAAACUGAGGAAAACUAGAUUCACCCGCAUAUCCUAACACAGCAACACUAAGGUGAUGUUAGUAGGUUUCACAUGAAUAGUCAAAUCUGAUUAUAAGAAGUUUCUUUAAUAAUUAACAUUAGAUCUUCAGGGUCACUGAAGUCAGAAGAUUUAAACGUUCUGUAAUGACACGGUGUAGCUCCCUGCCGUUUGUUGGCGACUCCGACCGAAUUUCCAGCAUCUUUUUCCUAUAAGUUUGUGCUCUGGAUGACAUUUCAAGAUACAUAAAUUCUGAGACCUUAGAAACCAGUACAUUUAUUCGUUUGCUUAUACACAAACACAAACUCUCGGAGUACUGUAUGUUCAAAACUCUAACAAGAAGUAGAGACCAUGCAAAACUCCGAGACGAGCGGUUCACUGUAUGUUUUACAACUAAUUUCUUCACGACUACGUUUUUUCAGGGGCACCCAACGAGAAUAUAGUUCAAAACCACUUAAACAUAGCAUUGUUAAACGUAUUUUAGUAUUUAAACGGUAGAUAUAGGCGUAUUUUUAUCCCCUAAAAAUUUUUCAUCUGUUCGGAUUUCCUAGCUGAAAGUCUAGUGAUCGGAAAAUUACAGCGAUCAAAACUUAUCUUUCCGAAAAUUCUAGGUGACCUUUUUAGGGUAAAAACGGACAAUUAUACCAUUUUUCAGAUGUUCGAAAAUCCUGGAGAGGCAGGCAAGCAAGAAAUUUUACAACAAAUGUUCCGAAAAUUCUAGAUCUCAAAUCGGCUUCCGAACAGAUAUUUUCCGAAAAUUGACGUUGGUGCCCCUAUUUUUUAGAUAAGAGGUUUUUUUUUGUUUUCUUUUACGCAAUAUAACCUAUUAAACUACUGCGAUACGAAUUUUUAACCUUCGUGUUUGUUUUCAGCGCAAAUUUCCGAAUCGAUAUAUUAGCAUUAGCACCUUGUAGGCUCUUAAUAGACUCGUCUAAUUAGUCUUAACAAAAGAAAUAAAUGAAACAUAUUUUGAUUGUUUCUGCAACCGGAUAAAUUUACAGCCUUUAACUUUAAGAAUUCGAAAUUUCCACCUUGAAGUUUCUUCGUUACUAAUUUUUGCCUUCAUCUAAAAAACAAAAUCUGAGAAGCGAAAAGAUUGAAACGCCAAUAAUUAUAUAUUCAUGGAAAGUAAACAAAAGUAUUAAAACAAAGAAUUGAAACAAGGAAUUAGGGAGUUUCAUUAGAUUCAUCCACUCUUAAAAUUGAUUUGUGGAGAUAAUUUGUGUGGAUUUUAAACGUCAAUGGUACAAAAAAUAUCAUCCAGUUUGGUGUGCUGGCAUAGAGAAGAGCUAUUAUUAAAAUUUCUUUCAAGGGAAAAAAUGUCAAAAAAGUCCGAUUUUGAAAUCUUAGAAGCAAUUCAUUGAUUGAGGUUCUUGUUACAACAAUCACAAACAACUACGGUAAAACGACGUGAUUGCCUGGUCAAUGCAGUGUUUUAAAUAAGAAUUAAUCACCGAAGGUGAUGUUACACGAGACGACUCGCAACGACGAUUUUAAGCGCAACACACCGUUGCAAUGUUGAUACAACGUUGCCACUAUUCGAUUCAAUGUCGCAACAAUGUUGUGACGCUGUGUUGCGCUGAAAAUCGUCAUUGCGAAUCGUCCCAUAUAACACAACCUUUAACCAAAAAAUUUUCUUGGCUUUUUCGCAGCCAUCAAAUGGGAUUGUUAGCCCUUUAAGGUUACUGACCGAAAAGACAGAGUUCCCUGACCCUUGCUCAUACUUUAACUUGUAGUAAAAUCCCUAGCCUGAAAAAGGUGAAAAGGGUACCCCUUUGGGGCGUAGGCUCCCCGUAUAGGCUAUCAAAGCCAUUAUAUAAGUAGUACCCCCUGGGGUAUUUUCCCUUUCUUUAGAAACCAACUCUCCCAAAUUCAAUUUGAUCUGAGACGUACGAACAUUUUAAAAUGAGUUCCUUUGCGAAAGCCCCUAGCCCGCGUAGCAGGCGUCGAAAGGGGUAGGGGAUAGUGAGGAAGGGAAAAAAGAGAGGGAUUGCGCUUUUCUCCCUCCCUACUUCCCCUCCCCUUCGGCGCCUGCCACGCAGGCUGGUAAAGAGACAAUUUUUUUUUUUGUAACUGGCGUUCCCCAAGUCGCAUUAAAGUAUGAGUCCUCAGUUUAAACUCUGUUUAAAACUCAUUUUGUUAUUUCCUUUACGUAGAGUUCAAGGUUAAGGAAGGAGUCUCGUAUGCCUCCAAUCCCAUCUGCAAGAAGCUCAACAUCUUCGAGGAAAACGUCUUCUUCCCGCGAAAAUGACGGUUCUUAUCCAUACACGCCAAAAGAAAAAGACCGAGAACUAAAUAAGCUGGAAAAUGGACUUACAAUUGUGGGAGAAACCGGCUACUUAACCUCGAAUUUUCGCAAGAAAAGUACGGCAGAAAAGUUGAGCGACACAUCAUUUCAACUGUACACUCUUGAAGACUCGAAAAAACUCCCGAAAAUUUUAAAACCCAAGAAAAAAGUCGGGAGAGGUUCCAAGAGAAAGAAGAUUAAAGAUGAUCAGAGCACCGCAAGCAAUGAGAGCCAGUUGAACACAAGCCAAUUAGAUGACGCGAAAGAUGGGAAUAAAGCGAAUCUUGGAGAUUCUGACAUGUCCGAGGAGAUGACCAACAAAUACGGAUUGGAUCUCAAAAAGGAGUUCAGUAAGUUUCGAUUGGGGAUCUAGACUCUAAACAAAAGCCUGCUUGAAGGCGUUUUAUAAUUGCUAAUUCCUUUGCACCAUGCCAAUUGGAAGAGAUAGCGAGGCGGUAAACUCGAUGUGAAAUAUAAAUAACACUUUAAUUUCAAUAGGGUGCACAAUUACAGUCCAACUGUACUUAUGGCCCUGAAUGAAAUGGGGUAUUUUAAGCUUAAGCCAAGCCCAAAUUAGUCCCAUUUUGGGGGUCUCUAAAGUUUGGGCUUGGCUUAAGCUUUGUUUAACUCCUAAAUGAUAUUAUUCUAAAACAGACAGCCAAAUAAGAGCUACAGAAAGAGCUUCAGUAUAGUUUGUAUUCCUCACGAGAUAAGGGAAGUCUCGGCUCAAUUUGUACAUAUUUUAAUUCCCCUGGGGCUUUACACUGUAAAAUUGCUGAGCAAGUAUAUUGAUGCGAUAAUGCAUAUGUUGCUGUAGUUAAUUUUACAUAAGUUAUUUCUGGCAAUGUAUAAAGUAAUAGACAAUCUGAGUUCAACUGCCGUAACCAACUUUAAUCGGAACACACUUUCAAAUCCUGUGAAACAGCUAAUAGUGAAACACAUUUGGCAAAGACCGUUUCAAUAGUCCGUUCGCGGCGUGAAGGAAAGGAAGUUAUUGGAGAAGUCUUGGCACACGCUAGCAAAAUGACAACCUAUAUCAUUACCAAAGUAGUCCCUCUUUUUAAGUCGCAGUCCUGUUAUCAAGCUUAAUGGCUCGUGAGGAGAGGAAUACGGUGCCCUGUAAGGGCUAUCAGAUGAAAAACUAGUACUGCUACUUAAUAACUGGCACUUCCACUUAGUAACUGGCAGUGCUACUUAAUCCGUUGAGGAAGGAAGAGCGAAAGGAGCGAUAAUUUUCAACUCUUUUCUACUCCUCUCCAAUAGGCCAUUUCCGAAUUCCCCCUGGCCUCUGUUUGAAAACGAGGGUAGGUGCGCAGCCUUUGAUAUGGAAAUCAUUUUUCAUUCUCAUUCAAAUAAAACUCAUUUUCACAAGAAAGGUUGUGCACCUAGCCUCAUUUUGAAAGUGAGGGUUUUUGGAACUCGGAAGUGGGCUAUUCUCAAUCCCCUUGCUCCCCAGUCCCUCACCGCCCUUGGUUGUUGCUCUAUGACUCUAUAUCGUUCCUAAAUUUCAUUUCCAUUGUAUUUGUUUUAUUUUCAGAUAUGGAGAUGACCAGACCAUUCACCUUUUCAUACUUUCCACAGAUUUACAGCCGCAACAAAAAAGACAAAAACAAGGAAACGAGAAAUAACAACAAUAAAGUGAGAAAGAUAUCCCAGGUCGAGACUAAAACAACGCUUUAUUAACUGUUAACCCUGAGCCUUGUUCUGCCUUGUUCUAAGUUCUUCUUCAAGUCACGCGGCCCUAUCCGCCACAAGGCCGUUGCUGCCAAGAAUGCUGGGAUUGCAGUUAGAUUUUAAAAGUGAGGAUGACUGGAGCGAGUUUACUCACAGAUUCUGCGCAAUAUUUGAGACACACUAUCCCCACCUCUCAACCUUUUUACACGCACACUGGAUAACAAAAUACGGGAGUGCAAUAGCACUGUCUGCAGAAAAGUUGAGCGACACAUCAUUUCAACUGUACACUCUUGAAGACUCGAAAAAACUCCCGAAAAUUUUAAAACCCAAGAAAAAAGUCGGGAGAGGUUCCAAGAGAAAGAAGAUUAAAGAUGAUCAGAGUCCCGCAAGCAAUGAGAGCCAGUUGAACACAAGCCAAUUAGAUGACGCGAAAGAUGGGAAAAAAGCGAAUCUUAGAGAUUCUGACAUGUCCGAGGAGAUGACCAACAAAUACGGAUUGGAUCUCAAAAAGGAGUUCAGUAAGUUUCGAUUGGGGAUCUAGGCUCUAAACAAAAGCCUGCUUGAAGGCGUUUUAUAAUUGCUAAUUCCUUUGCUCCAUGCCAAUUGGGAGAGAGAGCGAGGCGGUAAACUCCAUGUGAAAUAUAAAUAACACUUUAAUUUCAAUAGGGUGCACAAUUACAGUCCAACUGUACUUAUGGCCCUAAAUGAAAUGGGGUGUUUUAAGCUUAAGCCAUGCCCAAAUUGGUCCCAUUUUUGGGGGUCUCUAAAGUUUGGGCCUGGUUUAAGCUUUGUUUAACUCCUAAAUGAUAUUAUUCUAAAACAGACAGCCAAAUAAGAGCUACAGAAAGAGCUACAGUAUAGUUUGCAUUGCUCACGAGAUAAGGUGAAAAUCUCGGCCCAAUUCGUGCAUAUAUGAAUUCCCCUGGGGCUUUACAUUGUAAAAUUGCUGAGCAAGUAUAUUGAUGCGACAAUGCAUAUCUUGCUGAAGUUGAUUUUACAUAAGUUAUUUCUGGCAAUGCUUAUAAUAAUAGACAAUCUGAGUUCAACUGCCGUAACCAACUAAAUCGGAACACACUCUCAAAUCCUGUGAAAACAGCUAAAAGUGAAACACAUUUGGCAACGGCCGUUUCAAUAGUCCGUUCGCGGCGUGAAGGAAAGAAAGUUAUUGGAGAAGUCUUGGCACAGGCUAGCAAAGUGACAACUUAUAUUAUUACCAAAGUAGUCCCUCUUUUUAAGUCGCUGUCCUGUUAUCAAGCUUCUGGUUCGUGAGGAGAGGAAUACGGUGCCCUGUAAGGGCUAUCAGAUGAAGAACUGUUUUUGUAACUGGUACUGCUACUUAAUAACUGACACUGCCACUUAGUAACUGGCAGUGUUACUUAAUCCGUUGAGGGAGGAAGAGCGAAAGGAGCGAUAAUUUUCAACUCUUUUCUACUUUUCUCCAAUAGGCCAUUUCCGAAUUCCCCCUGGCCUCUGUUUUAAAACGAGGGUAGGUGUGCAGCCUUUGAUAUGGAAAUCAUUUUUCAUUCUCAUUCAAAUAAAACUCAAUUUCACAAGAAAGGUUGUGCACCUAGACUCAUUUUGAAAGUGAGGGUUUUUGGAACUCGGAAGUGGGCUAUUCUCAAUCCCCUUGUUCUCCAGUCUCUCAUCGCCCUUGGUUGUUGCUCUAUGACUUUAUGUGGUUCCUAAAUUCAUUUCCCUUGCAUUUGUUUUAUUUUCAGAUAUGGAAAUGACCAGACCAUUCACCUUUUCAUACUUUCCACAGAUUUACAGCCACAACAAAAAAGACAAAAACAAGGAAAGGCGAAAUAACAACAAUAAAGUGAGAAAGAUAUCCCAGGUCGAGACUAAAACAACGCUUUAUUAACUGUUAAUCCUGAGCCUUGUUCUAAGUUCUUCUUCAAGUCACGCGGCCCUAUCCGCCACAAAGCCGUGACUGCCAAGAAUGCUGGGACUGCAGAUAGAUUUUAAAAGCAAGGAUGACUGGAGAGAGUUUACGCACAGAUUCUGCGCAAUAUUUGAGACACACUAUCCCCAGCUCUCAAUCUUUUUACACGCACACUGGAUAACAAAAUACGGGAGUGCAAUAAGCACUGUCUACACGGGUACACGGAGUUGCAUUGCUUAAUAAUUUAAUUACUCAUAUUGCGCAGGUAUUCAUAAAAAUGAUCAAAUGCGCAUUACAUUAGUAAUAAAAGCAUGAAAAAAAAACAAACUGCAAACCUAUUUACGCUACUCAAAGCAAGAAGAAUAUAUACACUUCCACCAUGAAAAUCUAAAAUAUCGAUAUGUAACAAUAAAAAUUCAUUCAAACGUAAGCAAACUUCAAAAGGUACGUCUUAAGAUUGCUCUUAAAAGUAUACCAGUUUGGAAUAUUGCGAGGCUCACGCGGUAGAGCAUUCCAUAACUUGGGUACAGCCACCUGGAAGGACCUAUCGCCUAGUGUGACCUUAGUUCUAAAUGUUGGCGAUGCUAGCAAAAUCCCACCUGACGAUCUGAGGCUAUAUGCGCCUUACGAUUUCAAAGAAACUAAGUUCCGGCUGAAUGUAUGCAGCGGCUAUACCAUGGAUAGCAUUCCUAAGGUGAAAGGAUUCCUAUCUAUAUACGGACUUGUUUAAAGAACAUGAAAAAAAAAGUACAUGAAUCCAGAUAAAAGUGUAUAAGAUCCUGUUUGUGAGUAUCGGCUCUGAAACUAAACUGUCCCGAACAUGCCAUACACACUCUUAUACGCCGACCUUGCUAGACAGAGUGUAGUAAUAAGGGACCCUGUUAUCAACCAUGGCUAUUAUGACUCAAUAAAACAGUUCUAUCCAAACUCUGAGUCUGCGUGUGAAUGAAGUUCUAAAGUUUUCCGUGCAUUUGAAAGAAAAACUAUCGAGCUGUACUUUCCUGUGGUUCUCAGUGUUUACUACGCUGUGUAAGCUGGUUCAAGAUAGUCUCCUACGCUCGUUUUUAGGGCCAGUCGUCAAUCCCAAUCGUUGAGAUUUAUGGAAGUCAUCAGUGUUAUGCCAGAUAUCGAAAAUACCACAUAUAUUCACUAAACUUGUACAUUCAAAAUUUAAUCUUGUCAAGAAGUUUGAGAAUAAACUUAUGAAGUGACUCCUGGCCAGGGUUCAAACCUUUCACAGUAUAAAUUUUGUCGCGUUACUAAUUUCAUUUCUGCAUUUAACUCACUCAGUAUAAAGAUAUAAGCUUCGUGGUUUACCGGUAAAUAUACUCAUAUUUUGAUGAAGCUGAAAGGGAGCGCUUAGCUCUGAGUCCAAAUAUCAAUAAAGUUGUGUAGAAUACAGUAUGUUGCCCAGUAUCUGGACGGUACCAGUAUCCGGACACUUGAAACAAAAACUCAAUUUUUGAGGCGCCCUUUUCAGUUCUCGGUAAACAAAGUAUUUCGAAUGAAAGCUGAACAUUUCAGCUUUAAGAUGAAAGUUUUAGCGAUUUGAAAGCUUGCAAAACAGUCGCAGAAAACGCCGUUCUGUUCAGGUGAGUAAACUUUUCAUAGCUAAUAUUUAAGCUGUUUACUGCGCAGUAAAAUUAGUGCUGCUCAGAAAAGGGAGGGUAGUGUGUGAUAUUUUCAAAGAAUCUGUUUUAUUUUUAAAGUGAAGAUUCUUAAGGAAGUCAGGUUUUCAGAAAAUUUAUUAAUUUUAAAAGUACUCUGGAUAGCCAAAAAAGUGUCUUCAAUGCAUUUAGGAGGAAACCGUCGUUGGGUGCCCCUGAGCAAAAGGGUUGCCUGAUAUAAAAGACUGAAAGUCAAAUUAUGAAGAAGCCAUAAAAAAAACGAUGUUCCCGAAAAACUCAACAAUUCCCCCUGUUUCCAAAAGAGUUGGCAGGAGAUCCCUUCGGAAGGCAAUGGUUAUGUAAUUUCCUCAGGCUUCCCCAAAAAACUUGGCGGACCCUUGUUGUACCUGAUACGGCGUGAUUAACUGUUUGUCGACAGUGACUUGCAUUGCGUAAAGGCCCUGUAACAAUAAGUAAUUUCUCUUGCAACUCGUCUGAAAAGAGUAAGCCGACAGGAUUAUAGCCUGCGAGCAAACUCUUUUUUGGGCGGGGAGAGUCGCGAGAAUUCACACGAGAGCCGCACUUGAAAGUGCGAGGGGCGGGGAAAGAAAGGAACGCUCCGGCCCGAGGCCUGGGAAUAGUAACCCAUCAAAGAAGAGGAAGUCUGGAUCCCAGCAUAUAUUAUUUGCCAUCAAAAUGGCGUCUACUCCUGCAAGCAGUGAAGUCGAUCCCGAGGAAGACACGGGUACUGUAAAGUUUGGUACGCAGAAGACGGGUCGAGCUGCCGAAUAUCCAGACUUUGCAAUUAUUUGGUCAUUUCUGGAGAACUUUAGGCACCUUUUGCACUUCCCUGAUCUUUCAUUAGAUGACCUGGAGGAUGGAUUCAACAGCCAUAAUUCUGAAAACGGUAAGCCUAAUUGAUGGUCAAAUUUUAAUUGAUGUGUCAUUUAUCUGCAGCAUUUAGGGCGUUUUUCUGGGAAAUUAUUUUAACCAAUCCUCUUUACUUCCAACAAAAUGCUGGCUAGUUCCCUUUUGUGGCUCUAAUUCCACGAAUGGCUGUAUUUCGCUUCUCCGGUACAUUUAGCUUUUGUUAGACGGCCGAACAAAGCGCUUUUAUUGAGCUGUUAGACAGCUGCACUGUUUCUUUUCAUUGUCACUUCCCCAACUGAGUUUAUAACUUACAGCUCAACUUGCUCUGCGUUACUCCAAAUUGUGUGACCAUCUCAAUUCCUUUUUAAUCUCGCCGAAAAUACUGCACGUUUCUGUCAGUCUGUAGAUUUCAUUCGGCCCAAGCAACGUUUGUAUGAAGAAAUAUCGCCAGCAUUGACGACAAUAUGAUAAUUUUUGUGAUUAUUUGGCGCGCUUUUCUCAGUGGCCUCGGGGCUGAAUUUAUACAAACCUUGGUCAUUUCCCAGGAUCAUUUUUAAAAAUUAAUUUUUUGUUGCCGUCGAGGUUCCCGUAAUGAUAAUCGUUUUAACAUCUGGGUCGGAAAAUCGGAUCUUCGCGAAGCUUAAAUGUUAUUAUAUACAGAUACUUCCAAUUUUUUAAAAGAAUAUAAUGGCAUAUCUUCCAUUUUAUAGGUGGGUGUACUAGGAAAGUACCAGUUAAGUAGACCUAAAGAAUAACAUGAGCUCAUGUACACUUAAGAUCAUUGUGAGAUUACUUAUUGGGAUACAUAUAAGUGUUCACAUUGGGCUACAUUGGAUAAAACUUUUGCACCCUCCCAGGGUGAGGGGAGACAGAAUUCUCCAGGAGUAAUGUAAAAAAAUUGGAUCUCCUUAGGGGUGAGACAUUAGAUCUUCUUACAAAUUUUGUGUAAGAAGAUCUUCAGGGAUGAACAAUGAAUUCAUUUAAUUUUUAUUAUUAUACGUGAGAUAUUAUAGCAAAACAUCACAGACCCAUGUUUAUUCCCUUAAGCCGUGAUAUCCACUUACUUAAGGAUGCAGUUAAAAGAACUUGAUCAAAGAUCAAAGCAUUUUCUCUUAGAAGGUGAUCACUUAAUUUAAUUCUCAUAACAUAAUCUUUUGAUUCUCUAUGAAAACUGUUGAGAAAAUCAAUGUGGUCAUUCUUGGGACAAGAAGUGAAGGGUUAACAAUAAUGAAUACUGUAAAAUUCCAAAAAUAAGCCCCUGGGCUUAUAUUUUUCAAAGGCCUUUUGGAGGGGCUUAUUUUCGAGGGGGCUUAUCUACGGAGGGAAAUGUGUCUUUCAAAAUCGAUUGAGCUAGCCUUAUAGUUGAAAGUAAAUUUAGUGUUUUUGCUUUGUUUUGCUUUGUAUCUGAGGGUAGGUAAUUCUCCAAGUACAAGCCCCCGGGGGGCUUAUAUUUGGAGGGGCGAUUUAAUGGCGGAUUUUUUGUGUUACCGGAUUGGGGAGCUUAUACUUGGAGGGGCUUAUACAUGGAAGGGCUUAUUUUCAGAAUUUUACGGUAUUAUAGUGUCUUGAGACUAAAACUACUGCAGAAGUGUAACGUCUGUGUAUGCACGCACGCCUGCAUGUACAGCAGAAAUCUGGAAUUUCUUUUUAUUUCUUGAAAGCAUUUUUUAUCCUAAAAUCAGAAUGACUGAUAACUCUUUCGCAGAAUGUUCCGUUUUUUUGUGUGUAAGUAUAUCCUUUAUCCUUUUAUCAUAAUCAGUAAGAAAUGUUAAAGUGGGAUGAAAAACGAAAAGAUGUGCCUUCCCUGCAACCUCACUGCAUUUUCCUUCAUAUUUACAUACUGAAAAUGUCCCGCAGAAAAUGCUGGAAGUGGUAAUUUCGGAACCCUAAAUUUAAACAUUUUCUGGGGGAGUACAGCUCCGAGACCCCGCUUGUUUUGAGCACUUUCUUCGCUCUAACUUUUCUUCCCGUGCAGAGACCUUCUAAAUCUCACACUUUGCUCGUGAAAUAGUUUCCAUAUCUAGCUGGCAAGUAUCCCAGCUGCUCCUUUGUGAAUUUACUGGAUUUGCCCUUGUGAUAUACUGGUAAUACCUUUCAUAGAAGCAGCAUACAGGGCUGGCUCUAAGGGCCAGGGACCAGGGAUUUUAUCCAGCUACUACAAACAUGACCCCUGGUAACUUUCAGUGAUUGUGUUAAAUGUGCCUCUGCGUCCUGCAUCCAUGACACAUAAAAAUUCCCAAAGAAGCAAAAGAAUUCAUGGCAUGCAUCCUGUAGGAUGCAAAGAUUGAUCGAUUGAUCUGAACAUGUGUAUUUGUAGAAAUAUCCCAUUCGUGUAAUUUCUGUGGCAGUUAUUAUGGCUGUUGUUUAACAAUGCACAUUUCUUUAAGCCUUUGUUGUGUUUUAUAAUAGAAGGUCUGUAUUUUAAUUUCAAUGUACUGUAAUACAGAGUUUUGGAGUCUGUGUUCAGAUUAACUGUCUGGCUACAUAAAGGCCUGAGCAUUUUCAAUUGUGGACUUGAUUUUUUUAACCAAGACUCAUUGGUUCUGGACUGGGACUCACCAUAACUAUUUGUAACAAUUUCACUGAACAUUCAUGGGAAGCAAAACUAGAUUAGAACCAAAAGAUUUUUUCUGGCAGUUGAAUUCCCCGCCUACUAAUUACAUAUACCUGACAACUUGACGUCUUAGCUUGGUGACAGCCGUAAGCCCUGAACUUGCACUAGUUAUCGUAACUUUUUUCUUGUUAAAAAUUAGUGAAAGGACACCUUCAGUGUCUCUGCCAACUUUAUAGUACAAGAAAAAUGACUGAUUGUUUAGCCUGUAUUCUUUUCUAGGCAAUGUUUUGCUGAUUGAAGAACUUUUUAGGAAGCUUUUAAGAAGAAUUGGAGUAUCUGUAAACCCAGAAAGAUGGGAAAAAUCUCUGCUUAAGGUUUGUAUCUAUCAAUAAUAAUCAAUAACCAGACCAAAUCUUACCUUAAGUGAGAGAAAAUACUUUUACUGUAAAACUUUGCAGUUUCACAUAAUAAGAAUAGAUACUACAGGCUGUUGUUUUUUUCCUUUUGUGCAGUGUGUUCAUUCUAGAAAUUCUCCGGAGUAGGACAUCUUUGCAUACACUGUAGCUAUUGUGAUAAUAGCUUUGACACACCCCCACUGUUCUCAACCCCCCAUGUAUCCCUCAGUAUUGUACCAAAAGUUGAGUAACAUGUUUUAUUCAUUUGAAACUGUUGUUUUUCAAGGUUGCUAAAGAACAUGGCUUGGUCUGUGCAUGGGAUUUAGAGCAGUUUGGCUACCAGGAACUAGAAGUUUCAUACAAGCUGGAACUCUUUAAGGUUGUGAAAAACAUCUUUUGAAUUUUCACAUGGCCUUUUGUUAACAUAUUAGUAUUUACCUACAUAUAGACUGCACCUGUGCAAAAGCCACACUCCAAACAGUCAACUGGUUUAUUUUGUGGAUUAAAAUGUACAUGUAAUUUAUUGCAAUGAAAAGUCAUAUAUCAUGGCAAUUCCUCUCAAAGGAGCUGUGUCAUGAAAUUUAUCAAAGUUUGCAAUGUGGGAACUGCCUUAAAUUGAGUGAAAUAUAAAAAUAGCUGCUCAAAACGUUAAAGAAAGAAAGAAAUAUCACAGUAUAUACAAAAGAAGGCAUGGAUGGGCAAAUUUAAAGCAGAUUAAAAUGAGUUGCAAAUUAGGUUUUUGAAAACUUGUCAGCAUAAAGUUUUUCAAAGUUAUUUUUGGUUAUUUGUUACAUCGGUUGCAAUGCUUGGGAGACAUUGUUUGUUUUCAAGACAAAAAGUUGUGAAUUUGUCAUUUGCCAGUUAUAUCUUCACUUAGGUUAAGGCCAUAGCACGUGUAAUUGGCAAAAUUAACAAAAUGAGCUACACAGCUGUGACACUUAAAGUUAGGCUCAGUCCCCAGCCUUGGGUUGUCUCAAUACGCCUGCGGUACUCGGGACACCCAAGGCUGAAGACUAAGCCUACCUUAAAAGUAGUCAGAGUGCUUUUUCACAGAUGCAAUUUAAGCUAAAGUAGAGACAGAGGAGGGUGGUUAGUUUAUAGCUCUUUUCUAUAAGUUUACUGGAGCACCGUCAAGUUGGACUGGAUUUUUUUUGCAGAUGUACAUGUAUAAGCCAAGUGAAUGCAUGAAUAACAUUCACUGUAGCUUGGUAUAUAUGUCACAGGUGAAAAUUAAAUUCAGGUUAAAAUAAUUUUAAACCUAGAGUGAUUCUCUGUUAAAUUCUUUUGUCUCUUAGACCUAAUUAUUCAUGAAUUAGGACUAGGAGACAAAGGAAAAUGAGAAUCAACCUAGGUUAAAACAUUUUAACCUAAAUUUCAUUUUGAUAGUUGGGAUGUCAUGAAAACAUAGCCUGCAUAGCAGGCGCUUGGAAGUAAUGGGCACAGGAAAAAACAGGGUUGCACGAGGGAGACAUUUGAGGCGAGAGAAUUGUUUUCUGUCAAAAUUUUUGAUGGAUCUUGCAGCAGCUGCCAGGUAAUUAGACUGGGGUGGGAAACGAUUUUCAUGGGCUUCUCAGGCAGGCGCUCCUUCUCCCCUUGCGUCUCCCUCACACACGCAUGUUCUUUCUUGCGCCCAUUACCUCGAAGCACCUGGUACACAGGCUACCAAAACAGGCCUAGUGAAAAUAAGAUGCGCUGUAACUGGGACAUGGGGAAGGUGAUAGUGGCCUCCUCUCUCUGUCUCUCUCCAUCCUCUGCUUGUCUUUUGCAUCAAGUCUUCCACGAUCUCUGUAUGUUUCCAUCUUGGAGCCUGGAACAGCCUAACAAAGAUAUUUCUGUACAAGGAGAUUCAAUGGUUGUUGUAGUCUUUUGUUUCUAUUUUGUUAUCUGCAGGUGUUACUUGAAUGCCAAUUUGAUCAGAAUGAAAAACUCAAGAGUUCAGUAAAUAAAGGUUUUGAUGCUGAGGAUCUUCGCAUGCAGCCCAUUGGACGAGAUUUGGAUGGAUUUAUUUACUGGUAUCAUGAGGUAUCAGAGACUUAUUCAGUGAAUUUUAUCAGUGAGGCAAAUUAUACAUUGAGAAUAUUUCCCCGUUUCAGAUUGGCUAAAGUUGGCCUUCAUAGCACGUGCAAAAAAAAAUAAAAUGGAUGCAAGAAAAAAAUGCAGCGCGCAAGGGAGACACUUGUCUUCCUUCCCGUUAUUCUUUAUUUAAUGCCAGAGAAUAAAACCCUCCUCGAUCAGCAUAAUUCUUCAGAUUAUACUCAGCCAGCCUCAUCAACUGAUUGCUAAUUAGUUGGACUUUCUCAGGCAGUGGGAUAUUUUGGGUUAAUCCGUGACAGACCCCUUACAAUUCCUGCAGGGAGUCAUCCCAGAAAUGUUGAACAAAAUCUUAUUUUUCUGCUUCCCUGCAAGAAGAGUCUGUCACUCCUUUUCCAUGAUAUGUUUGACGAGUAGCGCUGUCAGUUGUAACACCGUUUGAUCUAACCCGUCAUAGUUUACAAUUUCAACAAAACCAAUCGGUUUAUGGAGCACGUAUUAAUAAUAUAGAGGCAAUGUAUUCUCACAAUCCGUUUUCACUCUCACAUCUGACCUUUCUUUUGACCGCUCGGGCGCUCGUUCUCAACCUAGACCAAGUACGUGCCGUUUUGCAGUCUAACAAUGAAUGGAAGGUCGCGUGAAAAGGUAGUUGACUUUAUGUUAACGCGAGGCCUUUUAUAUACAAUGCCUCUAGUUUAUUUACGCACGUAAAAAUUACGCGAUAGGGGAAAUCCACUCUAAGAGACUUUUAGAUUUAUUUUUUCAAUUUCUAAGGUCGGGAAAUGAGCUUUCAAAGUAUUAUUUGUUUUUGAAAGGACGAUUGUAAUGGUGUGCGAGUGUAUACCACAGAGGAAGAUGAAGUGAAUUGUGAAUCGUGGAAAUUGUUAGCGGGGUAAGUACAUGUGUAGAUAAAACAAGUCUAUUCCAAAAUACAGAAGGUACUGCGCAUAGCAGAAUACAGUAAGGCAAUACAAGAGAGGAAACUGGACCGAGUCAACCUUCGCAAAGACUUCUGGGACUGUUAUUAUAGAUAACAACAACAACAACAACAACAACAACAACAACAAACUUUAUUAAUAAAAAGAUAAUAUUACAGAAGUGUUGCCCGCAGCUAGCAGGGCUACUCGAGGCGGGACAGUGAGUGCAAAAUAUGAAAUUAAGACUAAGGUUAACUAAGCAAGGUUUACAGUUUACAAAUAAAUUGAAUAAAAAUCGUAAUAUGGAUGAGGACUAGCUAACACAAUAAAGAAGAACGAAUUAAUCAAAAAAUAAAUUGUUAAAGUAGAACUAAUAAGUAAAACUUUAUUUUUCGAUAUUUUUGGCUAAUUUGACGUGUUCAAUUAAGGUGGGCGUAUCAAUAUAGUCACCUUCUAAAUUCAAAAUAUCAAAAAGUAAUUUGUGGAGUGUUUUUUUGAAUUUUAUUCUUGGGGAGCUGUCGGAUGUGACAGGGUAUCUCAUUCCACAGCUUUGCCCCAAAGAGAGAGAAAGACAGUUUAUCGGAACUAUUAACAUAAGAAUUUCCUGAAGCCGAUGCUCUUGGCUUCAUCAGAUAAUUAGAGGCGUAUGUUAAUGAGGGAACAAAUGUAAACAAGCAUUCGCCCAUACACUGGACUGUUCACAGUCCUCUAUUUUUCCGUAAGGUCGUCGAGAUCGAACGCUUUGCGUUACGGGUUGCCAUCUCGCAUGAGUCUCAAAACUACCUAGGGGGCGGGGGCGGUUUGGGAGGAAGCGAGGAAAAUCAAGGUGGCCGCCAUUAACGGUAAGACGCGCUAUAUCUCUACGAUCUCACGAAAAAAUAGGGGACUGUGAACAGUCUACCCAUACACCUUAAUGCUUUGGUUUUCAUACAGCGAAACUGAUGAACUAGUCGCUGUUGUUGAAUUCCUCGAGUCGAAGUCAGAGGUCAAUCCAAAGGAAAUUGCUCUGGAGAAACGAAAGGAAAUGAAAAAGAAACGAGAUAUCAAGAGUCCUGGAAAGAAGAAAGGAAAGAAAGGUUAGACUUACAACUGAACUACAGGCCUGCAGACACGUUCUCUACUUUGUUUCGAGUUGCGAGUGAAGCGAGCGGUGAGGGUUGGCGCGAGAGAGCGGCAAAGCCACGAGGGGCUUCGUUUACCCGCUUCUUGCUCUCUUGUCUCCUUUUUGUGUCUGUCUUUCGAGCGUGAUUUCUACCGUUUUUGCCCCCCCCCCCCCCCCCCCCCCCUUCCCUAAAAAAAAAAAAAAUAAAAAAAAAAUUAAAAAAAAUUUUUUAUUUAUUAAAAAAAAAAAAAAAAAACACCCCCCCCCCUCCUCGAACACACAACGCCCCCCCCCCCCCGUGCGCGGGGGGUGGCGGAACAAAAAAAAAAAAAAGAAAAAGAGCAAGAACACAAGCCGACCCCAUAAAGAAAUGUUUGGCUUUCAAAUGAACUCAAGGCCGGGAGGCACGUUUUUUACCUUGUUUCGGGGUGGGGGGGAAGGGGGGGGGGGGGGUUGGGGCGAGGGGGCGGCAAAGCCCCGGGGGGCUUCGUUUUCCCCCUUCUUGCUCUCUUGUCUCCUUUUUUGGUCCGUCUUUCGAGCGUGAUUUUUACCGUUUUUGCCCCCCCCCCCCCGCUUAAUUGCAAAUAAAUGAAUGAAUUAAUACUAAUUAUAGAGAGCUUUAUUACUACUACAGUAAAACCUAACAAACCCUCACCCUCGAGAGUUAGCCAAGUGACCGCCCACCCGAUGUGUUCGAGGGUGCUGCUGAACUAAAAAAAAAUUCCAACAGACGACGACGACGUCUAUAAGCUUAUGCCGCAAAUGAAGCCAUCCUGCGUGCUUUUGCUUAUUUGCUUACGUAGUUCUAUGGCUCUGCCGGUGCUUUUUACGUUUUUGACAAAUUUUUUAGUGAUCCAGACCUCGUUUGGACUUCUCAUGAAACUUUUACAUGUACUUCUUUGUUUUUGUAGGAAAAAAAAAGGAAGAUGUUGUGGAGGAAGAUUAUGACGACGACAAUCCAUGUGCGAGAUGUUUUUCAAACGUGCGACCAGAUUCAGUGAGUCCAUGUAGUGUAUUUACUCCGUACUAUUAAAAGUUCACUGUAAAUCACUUGAAAACCACAUGCGUUUUAGUAAUCAGUGUAUUUCAAACAACAAUUUGCCACCAGGCAAGGUUCCUGGAAAUGGCAGGGCACCAAACACUUUCUCCUCCAAACAGAUUUAUGUGGACAUUUAAUCUGUUAACUGCUGUUUGUAAGUCGUAUUUUGCGCUGGUCAUAAUUACAGACACCUUAGCGGAAACUCUGGAACUAAGAUGAAAUCCAGGAUGAGACUGGGAAUAAAAGCCUUCGUGUGGACAACAAAGUGCGCAUCGUUGCAUUCAAGAAUUCACGCUUUCGGCGCUUUGCGCUUUACAAUCAUCGAUACCGACUGUUUUCAGCUUAAGGCCAAGGGCGGAGACAUGUCAUUUAUAGUAAACUGAAUAAGACUUUUCUGCCGAGUGUAGUCCUGAAUAAGACUGCUGUUGACAGUGACUGGCGUUCUGACAACCUGUUUGAUAAUCAUAAUGAAUUCUUUAUUGUCAUUUGACCGUAUUAACUCUAGCUGCAGUUAUGCCGCGAUGUUUACAAAUUGGUCUGUAUCUGCCUUUUUAAUGACUAUGUCAAUUUUAUCUUACAGAUUCUUCUGUGUGACAAGUGUGACGCCGCCUAUCAUACAGCUUGCCUUCGUCCCCCUCUGCUAACGGUGCCACAGGGGGACUGGUUCUGCCCUUUCUGCCAACAGGUGGGUUUCAGUUGAUUUUAUUACGGCACGGAAUAACCAGACCGAAUUACACUAGGUCAUUUUUCCCGCCACGAAAGUUCUUGUACAUAAGAUCAAAGAAAACUGCGUCUGAACGCUUGUCCGCUUCUUUCGGAGAUAAAUUUAUCGUGGGCCAUAACCAUGGCAGCGUCAAAACGGUCAAAAGAAGCGACUGUAAAGCCACGGAGGUGUUUUACUCGGGUUUCAAAGUCCUACGGUAAAACAACCAAUCAGAGGAGUGGUUAUGAAAUUUCCCGCGUAAAAGUCGCACUGCACGCAGCGAGUCCCGCGAGAAACAAACUUGAAAGUCGUAGCUUUUGUACUCGGUUUGUAAAACGCCACAAUGGAUUUUAUAUCUCAAAAGAAAUAUCGCGGGGACUGAAUUGCAUUUCCCACUUCGUGUGUAACGCAGUUGUUAUUUUGUGUUGUUUUUGUCUCUAGCUGGUUUUGUUGGAAGUUUUAAAGGAGAAGAAGACUCGUAUAGCAGCGCGGAUGAAGUUAAGGCAAAGGCAAGCCAAAAGGUGAUUUAAAAUUAUCGAAAACGCUAUGGGCUAGUCGGGUGAACAUGUCGUUCAAUAUGUGGUCAGUGGUUGAUGAUGAAUCUCUUGUCUCGAGAGAAACAGUUUGUCGAUGCUUUAACGCAGCGUUUCUUUUGAGGACACUAAGUCUGUGCUGAACUGCAUCUCACAACAUCUCUAAUUAACCAGUGGCAGUCGGACAUAAAUGCACCGUAGUUAUAAAAGGUCUAGCUUAUCUUUUCUUCCAAUGACUUUUUCCCUUAGCGCCUGUUCUGUUGUUAGCUUUAGUCCCGAUCAGGGACCAGUUGCUACAGCAUGAAACCGCAAAAAAGAGUCGAUCAAAUGGCCUCAGUGAUGCCUUUACAUUUUUAACAGUCUGGGCGCAGAUAUCCUUAAUAUCCACUAAUCUCUGCACGUUUCAAACUGGCUUAAAAUAUUUUAUUUUUGUUUUCUUUGUUUGCGCUCGCCGUUUUGUAUUCUUUCUUAAUUUCCCUCUUUGUUUUUCUUUCCCAAUACAUCGCAGUGGACAACGCACAAUUUGACUGACAAUAAACGACUGUUAAACUGUGACAAUAGACGGAUAGAAACGCACCAAUGACAUUUCGAGUCUUUAUAGCCAAUAACAUGCACGGCUUAACCGACAGACGACCAAUAACAUCGACUCUGAACUGACCAAUCAUGUCAAUAACCAGACUUUAAUACCAUCAACUGACGUGAUACAACUCACUUUGACCUUAAAGAUGACUACCGCACAGGUUGUCAAAACGUCAGUCACUGUCAACAACAACAGUCCUAUACAGGACUACGUUCACCCGGAUGAUCAUGUUAAACCGACUUAUGAAAUGACUUCGGGUUCAAACCUUUUACAGUUUUACAUUGCAAAUAUCUUCUUGUUCUUAAUAACACUAGUCGUUAACCACCAGAACACAAACUCCUCCCUGUCACUCUCUUUUUUCAUUUUAGGAAAUACUGAAUCUUCAAAAUUUAUACUCCAAGGUCAGUCUUAGGAGAUUUUCGAGUCAAAUUUUCCAAGCAACAUUGUAAUCGAUUUAAAGGAGUUUUCUUUGUAUGUCGUUUAUAUCUUUGAAGUUGCUUAGGUAUUGCUGUAAAUCCCGUAGGAAGCUCCUUCAGAGGGGGACUGGGGACGUGUUAAGUUUACGCGAUAGCCAUAGAAAGAAAGAAACUAAGUUACACGGCGCAGUGAUUUCUGUGAUGGACGAAGCAAAGAAUUGUCUUGAAAAUCAGAUGAUGCAUACCGUAAAUGACCUAAUCAACGCCCGCCUUUAAAUAAACGCCUCCUCUACGCCUAUAAAAUUGUAUCAGACGCCCUUCUCUAAUAAAGUUUAAUAGACGCUUCCUUUGAGAAUCACUCCAAAAUACUAGGAAUUAGCAAAAAGGAGCAAAAUCAUUAAAUUCCUUCAGUUUCUUGCUUGAUGAACAAGGCUUUGCGGCGGUAUUUCAUCUUGUUCAAUGUCAAGUUCAAAUUGAGGAUAGACUAACGAUAGCAACACAAUAACCCUGAGCAAGCGUUCUGACAUCGAUGUUGGGAUUUGAAAGAGCGAUAUGGAUCUCUAGACGGUCUAGACGUAUCAAUUGGUGGAUUGGAUAUUCCGUUAUUUUUUUAUUUACUACGAUAUUUUAAUAUUGAUAUUUCCGCCGAAAGUAUAUUAGUUUUGUUGAGCUUGUUACAGUUAUGAGAAUAAACGCGUCUCCCUUUUAAACGCCUCCUUCCUUCUAAGCGCCCCCGUUUGGAGCCCUAAAAAUAAACAGAUGUCCCGGCCGUUUAUUAGGUCAUUUACGGUAUUGUACUGUACUUUGAUCUGUCUAUAUGGAGUGGGAGUGGUUCAUUCAUGAUAAAACCAGUAAUACAUUUUGCAAGAGCCUGUUGCCGCUAAUCGGUUCCUGGUUUUUGUGAGG